AUGGAUAUUGGUAAAGAUAAUACAAAAGAAGAUGAAGAAGAUUAUUUAAAUGGUCAAUCACCUAGUGCAGAGACUCAAUCUGCUCCAGGAGAUUUAGCAAAAUUGCCAGGUACUUCAUCUAAAGAAUCUCUUGAUUUUCCUUUAGGAUAUCCAAUUAUUUCAAAUAUUCCUAUAAAUGAGGAAAAUACUUUUAAUAAAGAUAUUGUAUCAUCUACUCGUUCACCUAAAACAAAUAAUUCACGAAUAGCUCCAAGACCUAAAGGACAUUACCGUGGAACACGUGAAAAUGGUUUUGCUUCAGGUCCACCAUUUCCUACAACUCCACGUCGUGAAGUAACAUGGUUAUCACCUGAGGAACGACAAAAAAAAGUUCAACAAAUUGAAUUAAUUCAAAAACAAUUUGAUAAUAUAACAAAAGAAGCUCAAUGUGGUUUAAGAGAUUGGCGUCCAAAGUGGAUUCAACGAUUUGCUAAUAGAAAAAUAAUGUUAUUAUUAUUAUGUUGGUUUUGUACAUUACAGGGAAUGCUAAUAAAUGGGUUAGUUCCUUCAUCGCUUUCUACAAUUGAAAGACGAUUUCAAAUAAAUACGAGUACUAUAGGAAGAAUUAUGCAAUUUUAUGAUUUUGGAUAUGUAUUAUUUUGUAUUCCUGUUAGUUAUUUUGGUGGAAGACAUUCAAAACCUCUAGUCUUAGGUAUUGGUUUAUUAUGUAUGGCAAUAGGAAGUUUUAUUUUUUCAACACCACAUUUAAUAACUGAUGCCUAUACAUUAAAUUAUAAUUCAGAAGAUUCUGCAUUAUCAAAAUGUUCAUCAAAUAAUCCAUCAUUAUUUUAUAAUAUUUCUAAUAAACAAUACAAUACCAAUGAAUCAAAUUCAAUACAUUCUCCUGAUGCUUUGGCUUUAAAAUCUUGUCCAUCUCCAGAAAAUCAACCUGGAACAUUUAGAUACGUGUUUCUAUUUUGCCUCGCACAUUUUUUACAUGGUAUAGGAGCAACUCCUCUUUUUACUAUUGGUGUUAGUUAUAUUGAUGAAAAUGUUGGUACAGCACUUUCAUCAUUAUAUGUUGGAAUUUUUUAUUCAUUUGCCAUUUUUGGUCCUGCUUUAGGCUUCAUAACUUCUUCAUCUUUUUUACAAUAUCAUACAGAUUUUUUACAACCUGGACAAGCUUUUGCUAUAAAAAAUUUAGAUGAAUCAGAUCCAAAAUGGGUUGGUGCAUGGUGGGUUGGAUUUCAAUUAGCUUCUAUAUUAAUGUUACUUGCUGUAUUUCCAAUUAUAAGUUUACCUAAAGUUUUACCUGAAAGUUUACAAUGGCAUAAAAAUAGACUACAGGAGGAGGCAUUAGCUGGAGGGCAAAGAAAACGUACACCAGAAUGUUGUGGUGUACCAACUUCUGGAAAAACAGCAGCAGUAUUUGGUUCUUUGAUGCAAUUAGAUGAAGCAUCAGCAUCUAAUGUUUUGGCAGAACAGAUGCCUGCUUUAAAAAGUAAAAAUGGUCCUAUAUGGUAUCAAUUAUGGCUUGAUGUUCGCCAUAUUCCUAUUGCUAUUUAUAGAAUCCUUAGUAACGGGUCUUAUAUGCUUAUAACAUUAGCUAUGGCAGUAGAUGGAAUGGUAGUAGCAGGUGCCUCAACAUUUAUGUCUAAGUAUCUUGAAGGACAAUUUUCAGUGGCACCAUCAAAAGCCAAUAUGCUUAUUGGAGUUAUUAUGGUUCCAAUGGCUGGUAUUGGAACAAUGGCAUCAGGUUACAUCAUACAACAUUAUAAAUUUAAUUGUGUCAAAUCAUUAAAAUUUUGUAUUGCCUUAUUAUUGGCAUCAUUAUUAUUAACACCAAUGUUUUUUAUAUAUUGUGAUCAUGAUCAAUUGACUGGUGUUGAAAGACCAUAUAUUGAUACAAAAGAUAAAUUAUUUUUAAAUGUAACAAUAAAUAAUGAUAUGUUACCGAUGUCUUUAAGAUCUGAUUGUAAUAAACAUUGUCAAUGUCUGGAUUCUGAGUAUCAUCCAAUAUGUGCAGAGAUGAAAAAUGAAAGUCAAAUACCAUUUUAUUCUCCUUGUUUUGCUGGUUGCCAAGAAAAAUAUGAUCCAUUAAGAAAAUUUUAUACAAAUUGUAAAUGUGUUCCUGAUGAUGUUAAACAUGUUAAAAAAGGAUACUGUGAAUCAAAAUGUACAGGGCUUUUUGCUUUUCUAACUUUUUUUGCCCCAUUUUGUUUAUUUACUUUUGCUGUAGGAGUACCAUUAAUAUCUGUUGUUUUACGUACUGUUGAGUAUGCAGAAAGAUCUUUUGCCUUAGGUAUUCAAUGGAUAAUAGUACGUGUUGUCGGAACAAUUCCAGCUCCUGUUGUUUUUGGAUGGAUUUUUGAUGUUUCAUGUACCAGGCAACAUUUAGAUCCAUGUAGUGGAGAACAUGGUAGUUUAUCAUAG